AUGGUUUAUUUUUCCAAUGAACAGGACUCGUUUUCUGACGUCUUGAGAAAAUUGUUCAAAAUGUCAAAAGAUUUCAAAUCAUCACCUUGUAAAACCAAAUUGUCCAAAGCUACUGCAGGAAAGUUAAUUGAGUGCAAUAGAGGUACCGAUACCUCCAAACAAGAUGCUCUUCAACCCAAAUCUAUUACAAACUGCUUUACAGUGCCGAAAUUUGACUACAGCUCAAGAAUAGUUCAUUUGAUAAAUUAUAACUACCAAUAUCAUAUUGCUUCCAGAAUUGAUGGAACCAUAUCAGUAUAUGAUUUUGAAGAGGAUCCAAAUGCAGAGAAGACUUUAGCCAAGGACGAAAAGGAUGAAUUGGAUGUUGAGGUCAACUUGUUUAAACAUUUACAUGACUAUAAAGUGCCAAUUGCGGCAAAUGACAAGCCUAUUGCUUUGAUCAAAGUUGAAAAGUUGGACAGUAUCUUAGUGCCAUACAUCUCGGGAAAAGUGUUUUUGAUUCAUAUUGGCGAUUUCAAGUUUGAGCCAUUCGAAAUAGAUUUACCAGAGGAAAGUCCAAUUGAUGCUUUUGCAAUUAAUCCCGACCGUGAAAAUGUUGUCGCCUAUGGGGGAAAAGAAGUUGACCUAAAGGUGGUUGAGCUUUUUGAUGAAAAUAUCAAUAGCUCUGUAUUCAAAAAGGAUUACAAGAAAUUCUUCAAUCCUCGUGUUGUCUUUGCAGCAAAGAAUGUCAAAAAUGACCACUUGGACUUGAGAGUCCCCAUUUGGAUCACUAAUAUUUUGUUUUUCAAAAAUGACUCGAAUGAUAAUUUCAAGGUGUUGACCUCAACUAGAUAUGGCCACUUGAGGGUUUAUGACUCAAAUCAUGGAAGAAAGCCCAUGAAGAAUUAUCAGGUUUGUCAAACUCCGAUUUUAACAUUGACUUUUGCUAACGAAGACCAAACAGAGGUGAUAAUAACAGACACAAAUAGCUUGAUUGCUAGAUACUCCUUGACGCAAGUCGACGAAAAAGCUUUCAAGACAAAUUCAGCAUCAGCUGGAGAAAUAGUGAAGGCAGUACCCAAAUCAUUGGGUAAAUACACAGGGGGAAAUACAGGUGCAACCCACGCAGUUCAAGUGGUGGAAAAUAUUGUUGCCUUUGCUGGUUUGGAUAGAUAUCUUCGGGUUUUUGAUAUUGAGAGUCGUGAGUUGUUGGCUAAAGUCUACCUCGGUGUUGAGGUCAGCUCGUUAUUAAUAUUGGACGAUGAAGAUGAAGAGGAGGAAGAAGUGAGGCGUAAAAGAGAGGCUGAAGAAGAGGAGGAUGAGGAAUUGUGGACGCAAUUGGAUAAGAAGCAAAAGACUUCUACCUAG